GAAGACAGCAGUUCUGAUAUCUCCUUCUCACUCUCAUCAGAAGAGUCUGAGAUGGAGCCUGAAGAAGAGCGGAUCCGUUAUAGCAAAAGACUGCGUGGUGCUAUGAGACGUCGUUAUGAGGAUGAUGGCAUCUCGGAUGAUGAGAUUGAGGGCAAACGAACAUUUGAUCUUGAAGAGAAGCUUACCACCAACAAAUUUAAUGCCAACUUUGUUGUCUUUAUGGAAGGCAGAGAUUUCACUGUGGAAUAUAUUCAGCAUGGUGGUUUAAGAGACCCUUUAAUCUUCAAGAAUGCUGAUGGACUUGGAAUAAAAAUGCCAGAUCCAGACUUCAGUGUGAGUGAUGUGCGACUAUAUGUAGGGAGUCGGAGGAUGGUGGAUGUCAUGGAUGUGAAUACACAAAGAGACAUUGAGAUGACUAUGGCACAAUGGGCACGCUAUUAUGAAACGCCAGAGGAGGAGCGUGAGAAGCUGUAUAAUGUUAUCAGCCUGGAGUUCAGUCAUACCCGGCUUGAGAACCUGGUACAGAGACCAACAACGGUGGAUUUGAUUGAUUGGGUUGACAACAUGUGGCCAAGGCAUCUUAAAGAAAGCCAGACAGAAUCAACAAAUGCCAUUCUGGAUAUGCAGUAUCCCAAAGUGCAGAAAUACUGUCUAAUGAGUGUCAAGGGCUGCUAUACUGACUUCCAUGUGGACUUUGGUGGCACUUCUGUAUGGUAUCAUAUUCACAGAGGAGGAAAGAUCUUCUGGUUAAUCCCACCCACUCCUCAGAACCUAGAGUUAUAUGAAAACUGGCUGCUCUCGGGGAAACAAGGGGACAUUUUUCUUGGUGACCGGGUGUCAGAUUGUCAGCGUAUUGAGCUCAAGCAAGGCUAUACCUUUGUCAUACCCUCAGGUUGGAUCCAUGCAGUAUACACUCCUACGGACACCCUGGUUUUUGGUGGUAACUUUCUGCAUAGCUUCAACAUCCCAAUGCAGUUGCGGAUCUAUAGCAUUGAAGAUCGCACACGAGUCCCAAAUAAGUUUCGGUAUCCCUUUUAUUAUGAAAUGUGCUGGUAUGUACUAGAACGCUAUGUGUACUGCAUCACCAGCCAUUCCCACCUGACUAAGGACUUUCAAAAGGAAUCACUCAGCAUGGAUAUGGAGCUGUGUAGCUCAGAGUCUGGAAACAUAGAUGAAGACGAUGCAGAAGCAGGAAAGGAAUCAAGGCGUCCAGUCACCAGACGAUCAAUACUCACUAGCCCUGUGGCCAAUGGUGCUAACCUAGACUAUGAGGAGCUAGGUAGAAGCUGCCGGAAUUUGCCAGGUCUUAAGAGGACUAUGUCCAUGGACUCUGAGUCCAGCCGAGGCUCUCACAAUGGCCAGGCCUGGGACUCCCACAGCAACAGCCCUCAUAAGGGCAACAAGAUACAUCUGACACAGUUUGAACUCGAGGGUCUGUGCUGUCUUGUAGACAAGUUGGAAUCUUUGCCUCUGCACAAGAAGUGUGUACCAACUGGCAUUGAGGAUGAGGACGCCCUGAUUGCUGACGUUAAGCUAUUACUGGAGGAAUACGCAAGCAGUGAUCCCAAGCUGGCACUUACUGGAAUCCCUAUUGUCCAGUGGCCAAAGAGGGAUAAGCUCAAACUUCAGGUUCGGCCAAAGUUAAGAUUACCUACCAUCCCCAUCACCAAGCCCCACACCAUGAAACCAGCGCCAAGGCCUGCAACUGUGAGGCCCACAGUCUCUCCUAUAGUGUCUGGUGCUCGCAGAAGGCGGGUGCGAUGUCGAAAAUGCAAGGCCUGCCUGCAGGGUGAAUGUGGCAUGUGCCACUACUGCAAGGAUAUGAAGAAGUUUGGUGGGCCUGGUCGUAUGAAGCAGUCUUGUGUAUUGCGACAGUGUUUGGCGCCCCGACUGCCUCACUCUGUCACAUGUGCACUUUGUGGGGAGGUAGAUAAGAAUGAGGAUUCACAGGACUUUGAGAAGAAGUUAAUGGAAUGCUGCAUCUGCAAUGAAAUUGUUCAUCCUGGCUGCCUACGGAUGGAUGGGGAAGGGAUACUGAAUGAUGAGUUGCCCAACUGCUGGGAGUGUCCAAAGUGCUACAAGGGAGAGGAGUCGGAGAAGGGCCAGAAGCGAAAAAUGGAUGAUGGUGACGAUGACACAGUCCAAGCCAAAGUCCUACGCCCCCUACGAAGCUGUGAGGAGCCUCUGACUCCACCACCACACUCGCCCACCCCAAUGCUGCAAUUGAUCCAUGACCCCGUAUCACCUCGUGGUGUGGUGACACGAUCCUCUCCAGGAGCAGGGCCUAGUGAUCAUCAUGGUGCCAGCCGAGAUGAACGGUUCAAGCGACGUCAGCUACUUCGGCUGCAGGGCACAGAGCGCACAGUGGUGCGGGAAAAGGAAAACAACCCUAGCGGCAAGAAAGAGCUUUCAGAGGUAGAAAAGGCCAAGCUCCAUGGCUCCUACCUUACAGUCACGUUACAAAGACCUACCAAAGACAUGCAUGGCACUUCCAUUGUGCCCAAGCUGCAGGCGAUCACUGCCUCCUCCGCCAAUCUGCGGCACUCACCCCGUGUUGUCAUGCGCCAAAGUUCAACCAGAACACCCCAGCGGGGUGGAGAUGAAGAGGCUGCUGAGGAAGAUGAUGAGGAAGAAAGCGCAGAUGAAGAAGACGAGAGUGCUGAGGAGAGUGGGGUAGCUAGACUGAAUGGUCAAGGUGGGAGGGCACUCGAUGGUGAGGAGAUCUGGAUGCAGAAGGAGGUGUGGAUGUCUGUCUUCCGCUAUCUCACUCGCAAGGAGCUCUGUGAAUGUAUGCGUGUAUGCAAAACCUGGUACAAAUGGUGUGGUGACAGAAGAUUGUGGACGAAGAUUGAUUUGAGCAGAUACAAGUCCAUCACACCCUUGGCUCUAGGUGGCAUUAUCAGGAGGCAGCCAGUCAGCCUUGACCUCAGCUGGACCAAUAUUUCCAGAAAACAGCUCACCUGGCUCAUUGCCAGGCUACCGGGCCUAAAAGACCUCAUCUUAGCAGGCUGUUCCUGGUCAGCAGUCUCUGCUCUUAGUACCUCCAUCUGCCCCCUUCUCAGGACCCUCGAUCUUCGGUGGGCAGUAGGAAUCAAGGAUCCACAGAUUCGGGACUUGCUCACACCUCCGUCAGAUAAACCAAGUCAAGACAAUCGCAGCAAACUCCGUAAUAUGAUAGACUUCCGAUUGGCUGGGCUGGACAUUACUGAUGCCACACUCCGGCUUAUCAUCCGUCACAUGCCUCUCCUUUCACGACUUGAUCUUAGUCACUGCAAUCACCUUACAGACCAGUCAACAAACCUAUUAACAGCUGUGGGGUCUUCCACACGAAAUUCACUCACUGAAAUCAACAUGGCAGGCUGCAAUAAGCUCACAGACCAGACCCUGCUGUAUCUGCGGCGCAUCUCAAAUGUCACCCUGAUAGAUCUGCGAGGCUGCAAGCAGAUCACCCGCAAGGCCUGCGAGCAUUUCAUCUCAGACCUGUCAAUCAACAGCCUCUACUGCCUGUCUGAUGAAAAGCUGAUCCAGAAAAUCAGCUAGAGAUUUACCACAGACAGACUGAAGAGAAGGAAAGAUCCCAGACAGACCCCUCUUGGAGAGCAGACCCUCCCCCAGUUCCCCCAUCUUCACAGGCAUGGGGUGAGGCCAGCCUGUUCGUGAAUGCACUGUCCCUCCUCCACUCGGGGCUUCUGCAGACCAGAAAUCCCACCAGGCAGGUUAGCAUUUGAAGAAUGGCAACUAGAGAUUGCCAUACUGGUGCUCUCAUUGGGGUACUUGCUACGUUCUCUGAUGUUUUGUAGCAGCUUUUUCAGGGGGAAGGUGCUGCUUCCUCUCAUCUUUACCCUGCACCUCUCCCAUAAUUUCCACAAAAACAGAUUUCACUUCCUCAUCAGAUUUAUGGGGAAAUCAGACCUGGAUGGUGUAGAACAGGUGCACUUUUGUUCCCUGUUCCCCUCAUUUUCACAUAUGAUUGUCAAGAGUCAUUAGGCUGGGAGUAACUUCUCUUGCCACACUCUGCUAAGCUUCCUUUUCUUGCCCUUCAGCAACUGAAUGGGCAGCUACUGCUUUGUGCUGAUUUCUCAGAGGCUGUGAUGCCCCAAUAGCAGUGUCUUUAUGUCAUGAAGGGAUCUCCAUGUGGCCUUGGGUUAGCCUGCACGCACCUUCCAACUUCAGGCUAGUGAGGGGGUGGCUAAGCUUCCAUAUGGAGGUA